AAUUCAUAUCUUGUGCCGAAAUGCAUUUGUCGAAGUCAAACGUUUGGGCUCCAAGAUGGCGGACGAGUCAGCUCACCUUUAUCCAGUAGCUCUAGCUGGAUCUAAAAGUAUUAGCCAAUCAUACUGAGCGCUCACUCAACAGUUGUGUCUGCUGAACGCGGCCAUUGACUGGAUCUAAAAGUAUUAACCAAUCAUACUGAGCGCUCACCUUAGAACAUAUAGACAUGGAAGAGGAAUGCCCAUUGUUCUCGAGAGAAAAAUAUGUUUGGAGGAAGUGAGAAAGAAAAUCGUAGUGCCUCUCUCUCGUGAGUUACUGCUCGAAAGUGCGCAUGCGCACACAAGCAUCGGUGUGUGUGUGUGUGAGUGGCGCGCAUGCGCAAGAGAGCUACGAUUUUCUUUCUCGCUUCCUCCACUACGAUUUUCUUUCUCACUUCCUCCAAACACAUUUCAAGUCCCUAUUCCUCUUCCAUGUCUAUAUGUUCUAAGGCGCUCACUCAACAGUUGUGUCUGCUGAACGCGGCCAUUAUGUCUACGGAUACAUCUGUGUUGUCGCAUCUCUGUGUCAGACACUUUCCACGGUAUAGUACCGCGGUGUGUAACUGGGUGGUCCUGGGUGCACUGGGUGUAUCUGAGUGUGUCGCGAAUGGCGUCGCGCUGAUUUCUUUUAUGUUGUUUCAAAGUUAAUUAUUAUUAAUACGCAAUGGCCACGUCGAAGACCACCAAUACGUACAACAGACAAAAUUGGGAGGAUGCGGAAUUCCCGAUUUUGUGUCAGACGUGCUUGGGAGACAAUCCGUACAUCCGUAUGACGAAGGAGAAGUACGGAAAGGAAUGCAAGAUAUGCAUGCGGCCGUUCACAGUGUUCAGGUGGUGUCCGGGGGCGAGGAUGAGGUUCAAGAAGACCGAGGUCUGCCAGACGUGCAGUCGACUCAAGAACGUCUGCCAGACGUGCCUGCUGGAUCUGGAGUACGGCCUGCCUAUUCAGGUGCGCGACGCCGCUCUGAAGAUCAAGGACGACCUGCCGCGUUCCGAUGUAAAUAAGGAGUACUAUGUGCAAAACAUUGACAACGAAAUUGGCAAGAUGGACCCGACCACGCCGGCCGGCGCCGUCGGCAAGUCCGCCGCGGCCAGCGAUCUGCUCAUGAAGCUUGCCAGGACGAGUCCGUAUUACAAGAGGAACCGGCCGCACAUCUGCUCGUUCUGGGUGAAGGGCGAGUGCAAGAGAGGCGAGGAGUGCCCGUACCGGCACGAGAAGCCCACGGAUCCCGACGACCCGUUGGCGGAUCAGAACAUAAAGGAUCGCUAUUACGGAGUCAACGACCCGGUGGCGGAUAAGCUGAUGCGCAGGGCGGCGGCCAUGCCCAAGCUGGACCCGCCCGAGGACAAGUCCAUCACGACGCUGUACAUCGGCAACCUGGGCGACGUGCUGACGGAGAAGCAGCUGCGCGACCACUUCUAUCAGUACGGCGAGAUCCGGUCGGUGACGAUGGUGCCGCGGCAGCAGUGCGCCUUCAUCCAGUACACGCAGAGAAACGCCGCCGAGGCGGCGGCGGAGCGGACGUUCAACAAGCUGAUACUGGGCGGGCGGCGGCUCACCAUCAAGUGGGGCCGUUCGCAGGGCCGGCAGACGGUGUCCGCGGCGGAGGCGACGAGGGAGAUCCUCGAGCCUGUCCCGGGAUUGCCCGGCGCGUUGCCGCCGCCGCCGGAGAGCAUGGGCAACAACUUCUUCAAUCUGCAGCCCACCCCCGGCGGCAUGAUGCCGCCAAUGAUGAUUCCGCCGCCGCCGGUCGCCCCGCAGUUUAUGUUCCCGCCGCAAAUGGCGACCGCGGCCGCCGCGCCCAUCUUCCCCCCGGGAACGACCCCCAUUCACUAUCCGAGCCAAGAUCCGUCCAGGAUGGGUGCGUCGCAGGGCGUGGGCAAGCCUUGGCCGGAGGAGUAAGGGGCGACGACUAGCGAGGAGUGACACGGCACCGCCACGUGAAUUUUUCGUCUACUUCCUUUCUUUUUCAUGUAACGUUACACGUGCAUCACUCGUUACCGUUGGAAAUACAUGUAUAUCGUUUUUGUGCAACCAACUCGUUGCUUCUAUCUCGUUUACACAUUUCAAUACAUUUCGUGUACAUAUUUGAAUGAAUAUGUGCGCAUUUAAGUAAGUUUCCUGUACAUAUUUAAAUAUAUUUAGCGACAUA